AAGUGAAGAGCGCACGCGUUAGCUACCACGGGGAGUCUUCGUAGCUAGGUCUUUGCUGCGGUAGUGCAGGGCGGUAGUAUUUACCCUCAUCAGCUCAUCCGCCAAUAACAUACACAAAACGUAUACCUCGUGUAGUCGCGGAGCCGGGCGAGCCUCGAACUCAUGGGCGAGACACGGGAUGUUGGGGCGUUCGAAGGGCUCGCGGCGCUGCCGAGGUGGACGAGAUAAUAAAAUCAGGUGGACACACGGAAAUAAAAGCUUGCUUUGCACCCGUCGCGCCUACCCUCCGAAACAAAAGCCUGGAACUGGGCGUCAAUCUUUAAAAAACGACCCCCGACGCGCUUGGCGCACCGAUAGGUACUUAGGUACCUGAUGUGCCGGGACAGGGGAUAACAGGGGGUUUAUCUAGGUAUAUUCGCGCCUUUGCCAUCCCAGAACCAGCCAUGGCGGAUGAGACCGACGAGGACGUCCGAGAGUACCAGCGACUCAAGUCCGCGUUAUGGUUCGCCGUGGGGAAGAUGGUCGAUGAGGAGACGCUGAAGCGAAACCGAAACGUCACCCCUCAGUUCAUCGGGGCCUUGACCGAGAUGGUUUGGGCCCAGAUCGAGAAUGUCGCGUUGGACCUGGAGAGCUUCAGUCGCCACGCGGGGCGAUCCACCAUCACAACCGACGACGUCCUGCUGCUCGCCAGGCGCAACCAAGACCUCCACACGAUCAUAAGGGAUUUCGUGGACAAGCAGAAAGCCGCCAGGGCGAAGAGCAAGUCCCAGAGAUGAGCGUGCACCGUGGCGAGCACGA